GGCGAAGGCUAGACAAGGUAUAUCACCGAGGGAGCGCAACCAAAUUAAUUAAGCAAGGUAGCUUCAUUCCCGCGGCCGGCCCCCUGCAGACGCCGUCCAAUGAAGCAAUCCUUCCUCCUGCAUCGCACUCCAAACAACCCUGAAUCCACACACUAUAUAUGUGCACGAACACCGGCUUCCUCUCAAAUCAACUCGACCACACCUGCAACUGAUCAAUCGACACCUGAUAGUGAUCAUAGCCUGAGCACCUGAUCACCGGUCAGUGAUCGACCACCUGCAGCCAUGGCCGCCGCCGCUGCUGCCGCCACCUCGCCGCGCAACUACACCGACUUCGUUCCGCCGCACCAGCUGGUCGAGGAGGCCGGCAAGAAGGUCCUUCAAAUCAACCUAUCUGCCGCAGGGUUCAAGAAGGAGCAGCUGAGAGUGCAGAUCGACAACCACGGGAAGCUGCGGAUAAGCGGCGAGCGGCAGGUCUCCGGCAACCGGUGGAGCCGCUUCCACAAGGAUUUCCAGGUCCCCGAUGACUGCAACGCCGGCGACGUCCGCGCCAGGUUCGACUCCAGGGACCGCGUCCUCCACAUCACCAUGCCCAAGCUGUCGCCGGCGGAAGAGGAGCCCAAGGCCGCCGCCGCCGCCGCACCCGCCGAUCAUGGCGCCGCGCAGGCGCAGCAAACCGCUGCACCAGCAGAUCAAGAGAAGGAGGACAAGGAAGAAGAAGAUGACGAUGGCGCGGCCAACGACGGGGCGGCGGCGGGUGGCACCGCCUUGGUGACCGGCCGGAGGAAGACGCCGUGGAGGGUGGUCCUCGCCGUCGUGCUGGCGUUGGUGGCCGCCGCCGGCUUCUACGCCAAGUACAGGCUGAUGAUGGAUCCGUCGGCGGCGGACGGCGGACAUGGUCUCAUCGGCUUCUCCGACCAUUGAUCGCCAUGCGCGUCUGACACACUGAAGUGAUCCUGCAUGCGUGAGCCCCCCUGAACGACGACGUGCAAGUUUCGGAAGCCUGCACGUAGCUUACACGUUCGAUACCUUCACCUUGUACAUAUUGCUACCUAUUGCCAACGUUUCCUUUCGGAAUACGUGUGGAAACGCAAGUGUUCUGUGCACGCAAAUUAUAACCGAAACAAAUUUGAUUUGCAGUUAAUUGUAUCUAUGAUCGAUCUCUGCAGCCUAUACAAGUGGUAAUUUCUACAUCA